CCGCCCAGUGUGAUUACGAUAGCGUCAGCGCACUGGGAGACGACGAUCGGGCGCAGGUGCCAUGGAAGGAACGAUGCCUAACACAUCGGAACCUAAGGCUCGUCAUGCAGCUGCCCGUGCAGAUUCGGGGAGGUCUCUUUCGUGCUUCAGCGUCGACGAGAAUGUUCAGGAUUUGCUUUGGGACGAGGACGUCCAAAUGGAGGAGCUCCUCGACUUCUCAUUCGACCACAUCGACAAGCUGGCAGAACGCCGGGGCAAGACAAUCACGAUCACCGAGAAGUGGCGCCUCUGGGAUUACGUGCAGCGGAUGAAGCGCGAGCAGCCCUACUGGAUAACCAAGGAGUCGGUGCCCUGGGAUGAGCUCGAGGCCAAAUACGCGCUCCACAGCCGCUCUCUGUCGUCCGACUCCUUGCGUGGUGACCUGCAGUUCUCGAGGAGUGGGCCGUCUACGCCCACGCCACUGAUGCAUUCGCUGAGGAAACCACUGGACAGGAAGGGGUCGGCAGCUUCUCGUGGUGGUGCCGCCACUGAGGCGAGUCUUAGCAUGAAAUGCAUCGGAACUUCCAAUUGCGGCACACACUUGCAGGCGGAUAAUAUUCGUCGCUUCUUUCACUGUGCAAUUAAUGCGACUUUUCGUCAGCAAUAUUUAUAG